AUGCCUAUUCCAGUUCGCGCCUCGAUCUCUAGUCUUGCGCACAUCAGACUGUCGGUGUUGCCGACCCUUCUCUCGCAAUGGCAAGCAACGCGAACGAUGGCCACUGGGAGGCUGCGCAAGACGUCCUCUCGCAUGACCUUAUCGCCCAACGUGGCUAAGCAGUCACUGAACAAGCCGCGCCCUGGAAGGGACCGGCGCGGGCCUUUUGCAGGCAUGAAUCAGACCGAAGCUCGCGUGCGAGAUACGCCGCGACCUCGAUCCCAAGCCGCUCUCAAACGCUCAGGCGAAGAGGGCAAGGCUGAGAAGACCGACUCGCCUUUAUACAAAGCACUAAAGAUGCAAACUACACUAUCACCGGUUUCCUAUGGUCGUCGAGCUGCUAUCAAGUCAAAAAUCUCCAACCUGACCAGUUUCGACCAUUUCCCCCUCCUUCCCGCCGUUCGCCAUUCGAUCUUCGCUCAGGCUCUGCCCGGCCUCUCCGAGGUGGUACCAACCCCGAUCCAACGACUCGCCAUCCCACAGCUUCUGCAAGACACGUCAAAAAAGCCUACGACGAAAGUGGACCCGGAUGCUCCGCAAUAUGAUCAGUACCUGCUCGCUGCAGAGACAGGUUCGGGCAAAACAUUAGCAUACCUCCUUCCCGUCGUUGAUGCAGUCAAGCGUGCAGAGGUUCGUGACAAAGAAGAGCAGCAGAAGCUGGAGGAAGAAAAGGCGAAAGAGCGGGAGGAAAGAUUGAAGAAUCGGACAUUCGAAAUUGAGCCGGAAGAGCCUCCCAUGUCGAAUGCUGGUCGACCUCGAGCGAUCAUCUUGGUUCCAACCUCGGAGCUGGUUGCACAGGUUGGUGCGAAGGUUAAGGCCUUGGCUCAUUCCGUCAAGUACCGCUCAGGCGUCAUCUCUUCCAACUUGACUCCACGUCGGAUCAAAAAUACCCUGUACCACCCGGAUGGGAUUGACAUUCUGGUUUCCACACCCCACCUUCUGGCAUCCAUCGCCAAAACGAACCCAUAUCUCCUCAGCCGCGUUAGCCAUCUUGUCUUGGAUGAAGCGGAUUCCCUCAUGGAUCGGUCAUUCCUUCCGACGACAACAGAAGUGAUUGAUCGUGCAGCGCCGUCCCUCAAAAAGCUCAUAUUCUGUUCCGCCACAAUUCCGCGGAGCCUCGACAAUCAGCUUCGCAAGCGAUACCCUGAUCUGAAGCGUCUCACUACCCCGAAUCUACACGCUGUUCCCCGACGUGUUCAGCUCGGUGUGGUUGAUAUCGACAAGGAACCCUAUCGUGGAAACCGUAGCCUCGCCUGUGCCGAUGUGAUCUGGUCUAUUGGCAAGGCUGGUGAUGCUAGCGACGAAAACUACGGGCCUCUCACACAGUACAUGGGCCCUAAAGUCAAAAAGAUCAUUGUCUUUGUGAACGAGCGCGAGGAGGCUGAGGAAGUUGCCCAAUUCCUAGUUUCUAAGAACAUUGAUGCCGUGGCACUCUCGCGAGAUUCCAGCUCUCGCAAACAAGAGGAAAUUCUUGCUGAAUUCACCGAGGUCGAUCAGCCCCCAACUGCUGAUGAGAUCAUGCUACUCCGCAAGCAGGCUCGUGCUGAAAAGUCUAUUCCGUUCCUGGAGCCGGAGAAGAAGCAAGAAGUCGACCGACGCCUUCCCAACACGAAAGUUCUUGUCACUACCGAUAUUGCUUCUCGCGGUAUCGAUACGCUGGCUGUGAAGACCGUGAUUUUGUAUCAUGUUCCUCACACGACUGUGGACUUUAUUCAUCGUCUUGGCCGACUUGGCCGUAUGGGCAAGCGAGGCCGGGGUGUCGUCCUUGUUGGCAAGAAGGAUCGCAAGGAUGUCGUUCGUGAAGUCCGCGAAGGCAUGUUCCGUGGACAGGCUCUGAUUUAA